CGUUCAAUCUCUUUGUGUCUGUAAUUUGUAGUCAUUGCUUGAACGAAUGUUGUUGAAAUUGGUGUUUGUAAAGAAGAGGUUAGGCUGUAAUCAAUUUGGAAGACCAUUGAUUGCUCGUAAUUGAACGACUUAGAGGGUAGAAAAGAUGCCGAUAAAAUAUGUUGGCCGCACGACCACUUUCAAAGGAAAACCUUUGUGGGAAAUUGUGGCAAAUUUAAAGAAUCAUGGUGUAGGUAGAAUGGUGAUACGAAGUAGAUUUCAGCGAUAUCCAGAACCGUGUUUCAUGAGGAUAUUGAAAGUUGCAGCAUUACCAGAUACCACUAAACAUCCACACGAGGGGCGAAAAGUAAUGGCGCUUGUUGAAAAGACGUUCCGAGGUAAAAAAAGCACAAAACCUAUACAGAUAGACAGUGCGACCCCUAAAGCAGAUUAUGUGUUAAUACCUAAAGAUGAAGAAUACCGAUUUCUCAAUGAUCUUCAACCGGAACUUAAAAUUAUGCCAGCCACCGUUGAAUUUCCACCGCUACUAAAAGAAAUGCUCCGUCUCGAGGCGAGAAAACAGAACAAAACUGAUAUACCGAAGUUGCCAUUGAAAUAUAAUUUCACGGGCGAGAAAAAUUAUAGACUGGCCAAAGAGGGUGAAACUCCCACGGUCGAUGUAACUAUGGGCCUGGGAAAACCAGCAACUCCGCAUUUAUAUGCAGAUAUUAAAUACGACGACUCAUCUUGAAUGCAUUUAAAAAAUGUCUGUAUGUAAUAGAUUUAAUGAUAGAAUAAUGUACA